CUCCCGGGAGGGUCCACUGAGACAUAAGCUUUAGUUGUCCUUAACAACCUUAACAACAACAACAACAACAGCGAACAAAUACGCUUUGGAUGUCAGUGACCCCAUCAUUAAUUACUACUGCAAGAGACAAAGACAAAUUAUCAUCAUCAAUAAGCAAUGAAAAAAAAGAAGAGUCAAGAAUGAGCAUCUAAUAUACUUAAAAAAAAUCUUUGAGGACAUUUUUCUUUUAUAUUUUGACCAUUAACAUCACAGGAUGUGUGCUGAGGUCUUGCAAGACAAAGGGGUGAAGCUGCCCACAGAGAUGCUUGAGAUGGUGCUCGCACAGUUGCCACUGCCAGAUCUCCUGACUAUUCAUGUAACUGUCUGUCGUUAUUGGUCUGAAGUCAUCCUGAACCCUGCAUUUAUUCCAUGGAAAAAAUUAUAUCACCGAUUCAAGAUAGCACCACUGAGUAUAUCCUCAGUCUUCUUGCUUUCCCCAUCCAGAGUGGAUGACAAGUUGCCAGCUACUGACAUUAUGGCUACACUGUGUGAACUUCAUGGUGUUACUUCCUUGAGAAACUGCCUCGUUAGUGUUGUCAGGCUGAUGGGAAAAACACAUAGAAUUCCAGUGGAAGAUAAGACAAACUUACUUCUUCAAAAGCAUGAACUGUUUUCCGUGGCGAUGGAAGCACUGGAGAACAUGGAGGAAGCUCUCUUUCCCAGACCUUUCAACGUGUGGCAUGUUGUGACCAUGAUCGUCCUCCUCUCCCAUGACGUAUGGCAUGUGGACGCGCUACUGCGGUUGCUGCUGCAUCAAGGGUCAAUGUAUACGUCUUGUAAUGUUGUCGAGGCAUUCUACUGCUUAGCGUUAUUCUUCUUUUACUGCACCAAGAACUUUGGUCUUCCAACAAGGUACCACUACAUCGUGCAUUAUGCGCUGUAUCUGUUUGAGAACAGCUGGACGACCACGCCAGUUGACAACCCCGGCAGGCUCAGGGAAGAACACGUGGGUCAGCAGUCUUUGCACAGGUUCAUCCCCUGCCGGCCCCCUGUUGUGCACACUCAUGAACAAAUGAGAAUUAUCAAUCACAAUAUUGAACCAAGUCAUGUUGUGAAAAUUGUUGCUUUUGCCGGAACUGGGAAGACGACAACUUUACUGCAGAUGUGCAAGCAACGGCCACACCAGCGCUUCCUCUUGGUGGUCUACAACAAGUCGGUCGAAGAACAUUGCUCCAAAAUAUUUCCCAAAAAUGUCACUGUAAAAACUGCUCAUGCGAUGGCUUUUGCUCACAUUGGCAGACGAUAUUCAGCAAUUCGUAAACUGGAUGGAUCAUUAAUAGCGAACAAGAUAGCUAAAAUGCUUGAGGAGAGGAAUCACGCAGGAAACAGGUACCGCCGAGCAGCCUUAGUCAAGAACACAGUUGAGAGAUUUCUCAAUUCUGCUGCUGAUUUCAUCAGCCUGCAACAUGUGCCUGCAAGUGACAAAUACAGAGUGUCUCUUGAUGAUGAUUACAGACUUAGGAUCCUGUUACCUGAUGCUGAGUUAGUGUGGGAGGAAAUGAAGAAAUGUUCAAGGACCCAGAAGAUCUCCAUGACUCAGGAUGGACAGUUGAAGUUAUGGCAACUUUCGAAACCCAGUCUGUUGGGAUACGACGUCUUAAUGAUUGACGAGGGACAGGACAUGAACGCUGCCAUGUUUGACAUCUUUCUCAAUCAACGGUGUGCAAAGGUUAUUGUGGGGGAUCAUCACCAGCAAAUCUACGCCUUCCGAGGGGCCGUCAAUGCAUUAGAUAUGGUGGCUGCCAGUCACACAUUUUACCUCACUCAGUCCUUCAGAUUUGGUCCUGAAAUUGCAUAUCUUGCACACUGUGUUUUAGAGAGACUCCUCGGUGUUAGCAGACCGACUAUUGUUGGAGGAAGAAAAAAGGAUACGAUAGUGAAUGCUCCAGAUUCAAUGUAUUAUGCUGUAAAUUCAAAAAUAAAGAGAGCAUACUUAGCGAGGUCAAAUUUGGAAAUUUAUAAACUCGCCACAAAACUAUGUGAGGACAAUGUUUUCAAACAAGCAUCCAUGGCAUUUGCAGGUGGAAUUAACAAGUAUGGAUUUAAUGUUGUGAUGGACAUAUAUAAAUUGUCUCAAGUUGAGCAAGGCUUUGGUACUGCAGAAACUUUGGAGAUCGAAAACAAGUUAGUAGCCAGGUUUGAUUCAGUAGCCAGCCUUGCAAACUUUGCUGAAAAUUUAGAAGACCUUGACUUAUAUAACAAAAUUAUGAUGUUCCUGCAUAGUGGCCAUAAAACACCACAUCACCUCAAUCUACUCAAGAAGAGAUGUAAUGCAAAGCCAUCUGUCGCUGACAUUACCUUCAGUACCAUUCACAAAGCCAAGGGUCUGGAAUGGGACUGGGUUAUAUUGUUAGAUGAUCUCCACCCUGUAAAUAUUCUCUGUCCUUCCACACAUUACCCUUUAGACGUUGGCGAUGAGCAUAAUUUAUUGUAUGUGGCAAUCACUCGUUCAAAGAAGUAUUUGACUAUAAACAGCGCUGCGCUUUAUACCAUUAUCAAAGCACAAGACAAACUGGAAGUUUUGGUACCAAAGAAAAACUUGAAAGAGACGGUGAAGUGUCUGCAGUGUGCUGCUGCAACAGUGACUCAGACACACUAUCCACUUGUGACUAAGGUACCAUCAGUCUACAUAUCGUACGAUGGCGACAUAUUUUAUGGAGGUUACCUAUGCAACAGUUGUGCUGCAUUUGACAAAUUUGUGCCACCAAUGACCUUGAGGGUUGGCACCAGUAUGCACUCCGGCCACGUCAGAGUAGGUCGAACCGACUUCCUGUCAACCGGGAAGUGAACCUUGAAAUAGAAGUCAUUGACAUUGACUGAAGCUCUCCAAGACAAGCUCAACCAGGUCGAGCCUUCAAUCCAGUUCACACUUGAAGAAGAAGUCGACAACACUCUUCCUUUCCUUGAUGUUCUGCUCUGCAAAGCUGACCACGAACUUCGUUUUAAAGUCUAUCGAAAACCCACCAACCAAAACGAUCUUCUCCACUUCUACUCUCACCACGACACCAAAAUCAAACGUGGUGUGAUUAUAGGCUUCUUCCUACGUGCACUCAGAAUCUGCAGCAAUGAGUUCCUUGAGGAAGAAUGCACUAUAAUUGAACAAGUAUUUUCCAAACUCCACUAUCCUAGUCACUUGGAGACUGCAGACGGCGGGCAUUAAACAUCUUCAACACACCCAGAGAAGACACUGCCGAGAAGAGAUACAUAGUCCUCCCCAACAACUCCAUUGCCAAACAUGUUUCCAACAUCUUUGCCAAAACAUCAUUCCAAGUAUCUACCUCCACAACCACGACCAUCAAGGACAUCACCAGUAGUAGACAGGACAAGCCUCCAUCCUCUGCAGGGGUAUACAUAAUCCCUUGUAAUGACUGCAACAAAUUAUAUGUGGGCGAAACAUCAAGAGACCUCCAAACACGCAUUUCAGAACACCAAUAUGCAAGCAGGACUGACGAUACAAGGAAUGCCUGUGUACAGCAUCGCAAUUCACACAACCAUUUAAUUAACUACAGAAACUCAAGACUUAUAGCCACAGAAGACAACACUCAAUACAGAAGAAUCCUGGAAUCAUCGCUUAUCUCUAUAACCAACAAUUUCAAC